GCCGCCGCCUGUCCACCUCUUCCAAACCGAGGUACUGAUCGGUCUCCGCCCCCACCCCACUGGCGAUCCGAACUCCAGAGUCAAAUCUCCAUGAGCCGAUGGUUUCUCUGGUUCCAUAAGGCGAAUUCCGAUCGUUGCACGAAUACGCGGGCGUCUCGGUGAAUUUUGCUGGUUCUUGGGUAUUCUGAUCUCCGAGACACGCUAGGAAGGGGGGGCGAAUUCCCCAUUCGGUGCGGUUCUGGGGUUCCGGGAGCGGCGCGGCAGGAGGGAAAUGAGGGAUGUGGUCGUGGCUGACGAAGAUUGCCGCGUGCUUGGGCCCGGUCCGGAGGCACGCGCGUACGAGGAAGGAUGAGGACGGCAGCGACAAUGGCCGCGGCGGCGUCGCCGACGACCUGCUCUGGUCGCGGGACAUUGGGCGCCACGCGGCGGGUGAGUUCUCGUUCGCCGUCGCGCAGGCCAACGAGACGUUGGAGGACCAUAGCCAGGUGGAGACAGGCGCUGCCGCAACCUUCGUCGGCGUCUACGACGGCCACGGCGGCGCCGAGGCCUCCCGCUUUAUAUCUGACCACCUCUUCGCACACCUUAUCCGACUUGCUCAAGAAAAUGGAACAAUAACUGAGGACGUUGUUCGGAGUGCAUUUUCUGCUACUGAGGAAGGAUUCUUGACGCUUGUGCGGAGAACACGUUUUAUAAAGCCUUUGAUUGCAGCAGUUGGAUCCUGCUGUCUCGUUGGUGUCAUAUGGAGAGGGACGCUGUAUGUGGCUAAUCUAGGUGAUUCCAGGGCUGUAGUUGGCAGUUUAGGUAGAUCAAACAAGAUUGUUGCUGAGCCACUCACAAUAGAUCAUAAUGCAAGUGUGGAGGAAGUGAGGCAGGAACUUAUAUCACGUCAUCCAGAUGAUUCUCAGAUUGUUGUUCUCAAGCAUGGUGUUUGGCGCAUUAAGGGCAUAAUUCAGGUUUCAAGGACAAUUGGGGAUGCUUAUUUGAAGAGGCGGGAAUUUGCUCUUGAUCCCUCCAUUACUCGUUUCCGCCUUCCUGAGCCUCUCCGCCGGCCUGUUCUUACAGCAGAGCCUUCUAUAUGUACAAGAGCGCUUCACCCACAAGAUAAAUUUAUCAUUUUUGCAACUGAUGGUCUUUGGGAGCACCUGACAAAUCAGCAAGCUGUUGAAAUUGUCUACAACAAUCCACGAAGAGGAAUUGCAAAGAGACUAGUAAGAGCAGCAUUGAAACAAGCUGCGCAGAAGAGGGAAAUGAGAUAUGACGAUCUCAAGAAAGUUGAAAAGGGAGUGCGCCGCUUCUUCCAUGAUGACAUUACAGUAGUUGUUGUCUACAUCGAUCAUGGAUUACUGCAACACAGGGAUACUUCUGUGCCAGAACUCUCAGUCCGUGGGUUUGCGGAUUCAGUUGGCCCCUCGAGGUUUUCAGAUGUAACUGCCAUAUCCUGACCUGCUAAUUUAGCAGCACAAUUUUGAUGAACGGCAUUCCAGUAGCAUCUGACUAUCAGAGUGUUAUGCAUCACCAGGCUUGUUUUGAGUUUUGCUUUUGCCGAGUACUCCAAAUACUUAAUGGCACUUUUGUGAGGCCUGAUAUUUCUUGCAAUAAGAGGCUCAUGGUGUUAGGCGA